UCACACUGCCACAGCGAGGCUGCGAACUUGAGUGCCAACGACUCCCUUCUUUCAUCCUACUAACACGGUCCGACUCGGCUUGUUGCCGUGCGUCGCUGCAUACCGUCAAAUACGCGGCACGUCCAAAGCGUCCAGCGUGCGCAUCCCCCACGCGGUUUCGGACGCUGACAGCACCUGAGGUGAAGCCAUUCACGACGCCCUUAUUUUGUCUACCACGCCGACCCUGAUUUGGAGGAGCAAACCAUGGCAGAGUCGGACCUCCCGCUUGAUAUCUUCAACAGCCGCUACCUCAGCCGGCAGUCCCAGUCUGCUCCGAGUCCUGGCGCGGAUCUGGAAUUCCCCCUAUUCACACAGCUGCCUCGUGAGCUUCGGCUUCAGAUCUGGACGUGGCACCUUGUCCCCCGCCGCCGCUUCCUCCGCGUGCUCCUGGAGGAGGGUGAAGGAGCUCAACACAGCCUGAGUGGGUCCGGGUCAGAGCCAGGGGUUGUGCACCGGGAAUCAGAGUUCGGCGACGAUGAUGAAUGGACCUCUUCUAUGUUCGCCGGCGGACCGUCUGAGGCUGAGACAUGGCCGUCUGCGGGCCCCAUGGCGCCGCUGGUCCGCGUGACGUUCCUCAGCGCCCCGCCGCCGGAGAUGCCGGCCCUACGGCUGGUAUGUCGAGAAGCUCGCGAUGCCCACAGCUCGGCAUAUCGCAUCCGGCUACCAGCACUUGCGCGAAUACCGAGGGGGAACGGCACGCGCGACUACACAACCACCCCGAUCGUGGCCCUCCUGAACCCCGAGCUCGACAUCCUCUCCCUCCACACGCCGAACCCGCGGGAUAUCGCCACCCUCAACCUCCUCCCCUUCUUCCUGCACCACCUGCUCCAGCACGACUCCUCCCCCGAGCAGCUGCGCUUCGGCGCCCGCCACAUCUGCGUGGACCUCAAGCACCUCGGCAGCGACCACCUCGACGGCCGGCGCGAAGACUCGCCCGCCCCGCUGCCACCCUCCAUCCUCGCCUCCGCCCGCCUGGCCGUCUCCCACCUGCGCGGCCUCUACCUGCGCCUCACCACCGCCAGCCACCUAGAGCCGCGCGUCACGAGCGGGCCCUUCAACAACACGAGGGCGCUGACCUGGUACAACGCCAGCGUCCCCGUCCUCCCCGCCGCCUCGUGGGGGUUCCCUGGCCCCGUGGAGCCCGUCCCGGGCGGCGACCCGCGCCUCGCCUGCCCCGAGGGCGCCGCGGACCUGCGCCAGGUCUGGGUCGGCGAGCAGCUCCGCCCCUCGCUCGACGUCUGGGCCGGCCUCCAGCGCGCGUGGGGCGUGCCAGCCGCCGCCGCGACCCGAGUGCGCGCCCUGGUUGGGCUGGACGCCGAGGGCUGGGCGGGCCGGACUUUGGGUGGCAGCAGCAGCCUCCGUGCGUACUUGCGCGACGAGCGUGCCACAUGGCAGACCCUGAUGGACCCGGCGCUGGACAUGGGCGAGCUCUCGCACGGGUUCUUCAGGACCGCCCUGCAGAGAUUCCUCCCCGGCCCGCCGGCGGUGACCCCGGAGGAGUGGAUCUCUCGGCGGGAGCCGCAUACGGCCGUGGGAUUCUGGCUGGUCGACCCGGGGGUGCUGGAGGCUGCCGAGACCACCGGCAACGAAGGGAAGCGCAUGGUUAAUCUUUCUGGGAGCGGGGCGGAGGAUAUCGAGCUGUGGGUGUUCGAAGGGCACUCCUAACGUCUACUUUGAUCCCUGCGUGCUCGAAGCCUCCAAGAGUCGUGUCCCAGUUAUAUCUAGUGCUCCAAGGUUCUCUGAUUUUCGUUGCCAUUGUGCCUACGUGGGUAUUGAGCAAUAUCAGGUUGAAUAUUUCUAUUUAAUCAUGAAGCACAGAGAUACCUCAGAAAGAACAUAACCGUCACUCGCUUGCGUGAGAAGGUGAAAUGAUUAAAAGAGACCAUAAGAACAGGAAACUCC